AGGUUUAAAAAAUGAGUCCCUCAUGCAUUGCAAUCUUAGAAGAGCCAUCGUCGUUAAAACUUGUGCUGCCAAUUGAUUUUGUUAAGAAUGUAUACGGAGAAUAUUGGCAAAGGAAAAAAAUAAUGAUAAAUCAUGAAAGUCGUAGAAGUUGGCCAGUUUCUUUAAGAAGUGUAAGUGGGGAAUCUGUUAUAACCGACGGAUGGAGUAAUUUAGUAAGGGAUCUUGAAUUGACAAAGAGGACGAUAUUGCGAUUAAGGAUAAUGGAGGACAAAAGUAUGGAAAUCAGUUGCUUCGUUGAAAACAUAAGUGGUGAAUCUUUUGUAACAUUCAAUCGUUACAACGUUUUAAAGAUAAUAGUGCUUCCAGAAGCUUAUGUCACAAAAUGUUACUCGUACGUACCAGUGAACGACUGUUACAACAUAAAUGCAGCAGGUCAUAGUUGGAAAGUUGAGACGGAAAAAAUAAAUGAUAACUAUGUUUUUACAAAAGGUUGUCCGAAGUUAUUUCAUGAUCUUGGAAUAGAAGAGGAUGAUUUACUGUUGUUGACGAAAACUGACAACGCCACAUUUGAGAUAAAGAUAUAUCGUAGAGGAGUUGAGUUAGAUGUGAACAUCAAAGAAGAAAGUGAUGAUGAAUCUGUGCUGGAAAUACCUAAAGACACAUACUACAAAAACGUUGACUUUCCUUUCUGUGAAGAUGAUGAUUCAGUUGAUCUGUUUAUGUGUGAGAUGAAUGAAAGUGGUUACAAAGAUGAGGGGAGUAAGAACGUUGGUGGAGAAGAAGUCUUGAACGUGGAAACAAAGUGUGUGAUGAGAGAAGAGAUAAACCAACUGCCAAAAGAAGAUGUUAAGAAAAAAGGAAAACAUAUUGAGGGAUAUUGUAAGGCAGACGAAGGUAAGGCGCUGAUAUGCGGAACAGAAGUGGAAAUGCAAACCGUUUCAACAGUUGGAAAAAGAACACGCAGUCGGUUGGAAAAAGACAUUAGAAAGAUAUCGGGCAGUAAAUUGAAGAUAUUAGAUGUUGCACCAAAACGUGUUGCAAGGAAGAAAUCUGUUGAUAAAGAUGGUAACUGUGAAUUUACACAAAAGGGAGGUAACAGAAUGAGAUUGCCUGCUAAUGUUGUAAGAAUUGGCGGAUUAAAAAACAAAGUGCAUGUGUUAAAAGUGAGGAACAUGAAGGGAAAAACAGUCGAUAUGAAUGUUAGGCGCCAAAAGAAUGGAUAUGAUGUGAGGUAUGCAAUCGAAGGUUGGCCAAUGUUCAUGAAAGAGAAUGGGCUUCGUCUGGGUGACAAAAUGCAUUUCAAAUUCAUAAGCACAGGAAAUCUGCUGAUCUUAUCAGACGUGGAUGAAGUUAAUGCAGGUUGA